CAAGAGAAUUACUGAGGGCCCCAGAAGGGAAUGGAUUUUCAGAGCGCAAUGGACACCUUCGUAGAGGCAUGGAUGGCUGCGAAUACGAAGACGGAUCAAGUACAGAGUCAAGCGUUGGCGUUGACACACAAAGCCUCCCCGCCAUCGAGACCGAGCAGCGUGUCCUCGUUACCGAGGAGCCCUCAGUCUCACCAGUCCCAGCAGUCUCAGCCGCAGAACACACCUCAACCCCCAUCGGUGCAUCCACUGCAAUCGCAGACACCCCUCAGUGCACCUCAGACACCGUUUUCUGCGCACAACCAGCACCCGAAACAAGAAAUUAGCGCCAGUCCCAAACAGGAGGGUUUCGAUCUCAGCAAAUCCGCCUCUAGCACAGCGAAAAAUCUGCCGGUGCAUUGUGUGGUGGAGACGAUUCACAAUAUCGUGGAAAGUCAUGUGAGCAACAGUCGCGAAAAAUGGCGAAGUCCUCAAGUGGAAACAGACUCUUACGUUAUCAUUCCGGUAGCUAUGCCUUUUCAGGAUUUGGUGGGCGAGGCUCUCGUUCGUUUAGGGUAUUCUAGCGAUUUGAUACCGAGCGCCAGAGGCAGCAUCGUUAUACGGAACUGGAAACCCUUAUCGAUGGAAAAAGUCGCCGAUGGACCGUUAUUGACGGUAGGAGACAUCCUAGCUGAAUUGACAUCGGUGGCGACCCUGAAGAUUCAGGUGUACAGAUCGAGACCGCCACCUCCCAGCCCGGCUGCUGAAGUUCGAAAUAAAUUGCUGAGGUUGCUACUGUUGCACAGCCAUACGCUUCUCGUCUCCGCUGGAUGCCCCUUGGACGAGGUACGAUUGCCCGAUCAAUGCAGGGGAAAGCAAGAUUUCCAAAAAAAAAAAAGAAAAAUAUGUAUUGCUUCCCUUGCAGAUGACUCUCGUCUCGGUAUAAAUCCAAUAGCGCCGUCAUCUAACCAUCAUCAUCAUCAUCAUCAUCAUCACACGCAGAGUCCACAACCCGACAGCGGUGGCACGAUCGCGCCUGGUGGCGGCGGCGGCGGCGGCGGCUCGAUUGGACCGCCGCAUCCGGCUCUGCUUCAGUAUUCGCACAAGACCAGGAUGAGGACUAGCUUCGACUCGGAACUUGAGCUGCCGCGUCUUCAACGCUGGUUCGCCGAGAAUCAGCAUCCGUCGCGCGAACAGAUACAGCACUACGUCGCGGAACUGAACUCUCUGGAGUCGCGACGAGGCAGGAAACCCCUGGACGCUAACAACGUCGUCUAUUGGUUCAAAAAUGCCCGUGCGGCGCAAAAGAGAGCCAGCAUGAACGGCUGCAGUCCACCUGGGCUCAGUCCGAGAGGCGCCAGCCUUGUCAGUGAGGAUUGCACAGACGAAGAGGAGGACACCAGGCAGCAGUCGACGUCCGGGUCACCCUGUCCACCGAGCAGCCCACCUGUCGGUCCUCUAUCGUUGACCACGAGACCUGAGGAUCAGCAGCAGCCGCCGACGUCGACCCCUUCCUCGGUGAAGCAGGAGGACGCGAGGGUAUCGUCCGGUUCCGAGGACGACGAGACGAGGCACACAGGCCCGAUCCCACCGGGAUUCUCCCUGGUGCCGAGCCCCAUGUUCGGCCACGGUAUAAUGUACAUGUCGCAUUAUCUGCCGCCUCGCGGGCCAGCCGGCUGUCCCACCAGCAUGCUCGCCGACGAGAGGAGGAAGAGGAACCGGACGUUCAUCGAUCCCGUGACGGAAGUGCCGAGGCUCGAGUAUUGGUUCAAGCGCAGCACACAUCCGAGCCAUGCGCUCAUUCUGUCGUACACGGAGGAGUUGAACAAGAUGCCGUAUCGCCAGAAGUUUCCGCGUCUGGAGCCGAAGAACGUGCAAUUCUGGUUCAAGAACCGCAGGGCCAAGAACAAGCGGCUGAAGAUGGCUCUGUUCGAGGGCGAGUCGCCGCAACAGCAUCCAUAUCACGCAGAUUAAUUAAUUUCCUUAAAAUAAUUAGAGGGACAAAAGCGCGCGCGUAAAACAAACAACGGACGCGCCGAAAUAAAGGGAAAUCGUUAAUCGACCUGUUACUCCUUACUAUCGUUGAUACGCUGCGUCCUUAACGCUUACCGGCCGCAGCUCAUUCAUUGUAAUUAUCACGUAACAAUUAAUAUAAUUAUUAUGAACUUUCAUGAAUGUAAAUACGAGAUGAUGUCGAAUAAAAAAUAUAC